GUCCGGAGUAAAUAACAGACCAGAAGGAUUCACAGGACUAGUUUCUUCACAGGAACUGAUCGGCGCUCUCUACUGAACUCAGCCACUCUCUGGUGAAGUUUAGACUAGGAAGGAUCAAGAAUGUCAAACUUCUUUGGUCUGCUGACUCCUGAAAAAGAUCCAGUUCCUCUGAGGAGCAUUGAAGUUCAGCUGGAGGUGAAGGACCAUGUGGCUACAGUGGUCUCCACUCUGAACUACGAGAACAAGGAGGACAAACCACUAGAGGCUGUUUUUGUCUUCCCUCUGCCUGGAGAUGCUGCUGUGUGUCAUUUCAGUGCUCAGAUUGGACAGACACACAUUGUAGCUGAGGUGAAGGAGAAACAGCAGGCUCUGGAGGAGUAUGACGAUGCUCUGAGCUCCGGUCAGCAGGCCUUCCUGUUGAAGGAGAGUGACCAGAGUCCAGAUAUCUUCUCUCUGAGUGUGGGCAGCCUGCCUCCAGGAGAGAGCGCCUCCAUCAGGCUGGAGUACGUCACUGAGCUGGCUGUACAGGCUGAUGACGGGCUGAGGUUCUGUCUGCCUGCUGUGCUCAACCCUCGGUACCAGCCUCGGGGUAGUGAAGGUGCCAGUGUCCAGGUGACCUCAGUUCCAGCCUCUCUGGUGCCCUACAGUCUGUCCUUCUCUGCCCGAGUGUCCUCUCCUCGUCCAAUCUCUAAAGUAGAGUCCAACUGUUCCCUGGAGCCUCUUCAGUACCUCAACGCUGAUCAAACUCAGGCCACGGUUAAGUUGGCUGCAGGACACAAGUUUGACAGAGACGUUGAACUGCUGAUUUAUUACAAAGAUGCCCACCAGCCCACUGCUGUGGUGGAGGCAGGACAGGCCUCUGCCAAACCUGGCACUCUGAUGGGCGAUCCAGUGGUAAUGGUGAGCCUGUAUCCUGAAUUUCCAGAAUCUGUCACGUCUAAACUCACCUCAUGUGGAGAGUUUGUGUUCUUAUUGGAUCGAUCAGGGAGCAUGGAUUUACCCAUGUAUUGUGGAAGUAAUCAGAGUCGUAUUGCCAGUGCCAGGGAUACUCUGCUGCUGCUGUUGAAGAGUUUACCGACGGGCUGUUAUUUUAACAUUUAUAGUUUUGGAGACAGUUAUGAGCACGUCUUCCCUAAGAGUGUAAAGUACGGCCAGAAGAACCUGAAUCGGGCUUCAAAAAAAGUGGAGGAGAUGAGCGCUGACCUGGGAGGAACAGAGAUCCUGGAGUCCCUGCAGCAUAUUUACAGACAGCCCUGUAUUCCCAAAAAUCCCAGACAACUGUUCAUCUUUACUGAUGGCGAGGUGUGUAACAUCAAAACUAUUCUGGAUGAGGUGAAGAAAAACUCUGAAUUUCACAGGUGUUUCACCUUUGGGAUUGGAGAAGGUGCCAGCUCUGAACUCAUCUAUGGGAUGGCGAGAGAGGGAGGAGGACACGCUCAGUUCAUCAUAGAGAAUGAAAGGAUGCAACCAAAAGUGAUGCAGUCACUGAGAUUCGCUAUGCAGCCUCUCGUCGCUGACAUCUCAUUGUCGUGGGAUUUACCCGAGGGAUUGUCCGCCAUCGUCCUUUCUCCACCACUCAAAGCACUUUUCCAGGGUCAGAGGUCGGUGAUUCAUGCCCAGCUCACAGGAGAGUGUUCCGAAGCCUCGGAUGCGUGUCUGACGGUGAGCUUCGCUGUAGGGGGGCAUCCCUGUCAGAACCAGCUGCGCUUCACUCUACGGCCUGCAGAGGUCACCGCGUCUGAUGCGAGCGCUGAUCAGAAAGGGGAGGUGCCAUUGACCUGCUUCACCAUACACAGGCUGGUUGCACGCUCGCUCAUCCGCUCCAUGGAUCGGGAGCUUUUGGAGUCAAGGGAAGCUGAAGGCAUAAAGAAGGUGGUGGAGAUGAGUGUCCAGUCUGGAGUCAGCAGCAUCUUCACUGCCUUCCUCGUUGUCUACAAAAGCAACGGCAAACCUGUGCAAGGACCGGCGAUCUACAUGGAGAAUCCGACAGGCAUGCCAGUGCUUCGUGGAGGUUUGUUAGAUCUGAUGUUUGAUGAUUCAUGGGGCGAAACAAACAUUUUCAGACGCAUUUGGUCUUCUGUGAGAAAAAGAACAUCAGCUAGUAAGCACGGAAAAUCUUUGAAAAAGAAACUCUUUCCAGGACGCUCGGAGCCCAGAACGCCAGCCAGGGAUCCACUGCUGGAGCUUGUUUCUCUGCAGGACGCCUGUGGCUGCUGGCGGCUUGAUCCAAGUCUGGCUGCUGCUCUGGGAAAAAACACAGAGGAGUUAAAAACAACAAAGCCCGCGUUGGCCAAAAAGAAAGUGUGGGCCACCAUCUUGGCUCUAAUCUGGCUUCAUGCGUUUCAAGUAGAGGCAAAGAAUGAAUGGGAGCUUCUGGCACAGAAGGCUGCAUUAAGACUCAAAGCUAAAAAAGCUGUCUGCGUAAGAGAGUGUGUGGAAGCUGGAAACGUCCUGUUGGGUUGUAAUGUGCAGACUGAGGCUCUGGGACUCUGAAGUUGCUUCUGCUUCAGGAUUGGUUCACCAGAUCUUUGUUAUCUCCAAGGAUUAACUGCACCUUUCACGCUAAAAGUUUGGAUUUAUGUGGUUUCAUUCAAAAAAUACUUAUACCUCUUUAACUCAGUCAAUAGUUAGCUAAAAAACAUGAUGUAUGAAAAUCCAUGAUUCAUGUAAAAAAAAAAAUGCUUAUUUUUGGUUAUAAUUACGUGGCUGCAAAGGUCUAAUUUAUCAAUUAGGAAACAAAAUUCUAAACAUUAUUUCGUUUUUUUUUAUAAUAGCAUCUAAAACAAGGUCCAUUUGAAGCUAAUUUUAUAUAUUUUUAUACUGUACUGUUUUUGUGCAUAUUUUUAUAAGAACAAAAUGUUUUCCAUUUUGAUUUGAUACAUUAUGCUCAACAGGGAUCGCCACAGAUUUAAGAUCAAUUCUAAGUUUAAAGCUCAUGGAUAAUAGCUGCGUGGCUCUGUGCCUCAUUCCUGCUCUAACUUUAUUAUUUCCUAUUCACUGUGAAGAUUAUGAGCCGUUUAUCUGUACAGAGCUUUUGUGGCAGUUUUAUAUUAUAUUAUAUUUAUAUUGCCAAAGUUAAGUUUCUAAUAAAAAUAUUUCAAGUCAAA